GGGUGAGCGUUUUCUUUCACCGACCUAAAAAAAGACUCACUUUUUCUGUUUGUUUCUUGGGAAAAUUCUACACACUCUGUUUUUCUCAACCCGCCAGCUGAAUUCCCGCCCCCGGAAACAAAUUCCAGUCGAAAAUGGCGCAAUUUCAGAACGACGAGCUGGAGUACGUCGUCGACGACUACUUCGACAUCUCCGACUUCGAAGACACCGACGCUUUUGCCGGUAACCAGCUACGGGGAAGCCACGGCGCCGACUCGGACUUUGACGACGACGACUUCGCUGAGAGCAAGGAGAAGACUGAUACUUCGGCAAUGGAAGCUCGAAAUGGGAAGGACAUACAGGGGAUUCCGUGGGAGCGGCUUAACUUCACCAGAGAUAGGUACCGUGAGACCCGAUUGAAGCAGUACAAGAACUACGAAAGCCUCUCUCUGCCUCGCCAAGACCUCGAAAAGGAGUGCUUGCCAGUGGAGAUGGGGAAGACCUUCUAUGACUUUCACUACAAUACAAGGAUUGUCAAGUCCACAAUUGUGCAUUUCCAGGUAGAUAUUUUGUUCUUGCUUCUCUAAACUAUUUGGAAAAUGUUUUACAAGAAAUUUGUUUGUGAGUUUAUUGGAUGCCAGGAACAUAAGAGUCUUUUGUUGUUGAGUUUGUUUAAUUUUUCAAUCCCCUUGUUUUUCUUUUUCAAAACUUCAUCCACUUGUACUGUUGUAACAUUUGCAUAACUUUCAUCUUCGUACUCAGUUCGCAAUCAUAUGCAUAUAAAUAUUCAUCCUUUCAUGUAGGUCAUUCGUUUUUCUUAGGGUAUUGUUCAUCAAGAUAAUUUACCCAUUUUUUCACUGAUCAUAGAUGGUGUGUCAUGUUCAUAAAGCUUAUGUUACGUUUGAACUGUGUGCCUUGCUGCUAGAUAUAAGCUUCUGUUGUAGUUUUGCAGGUCUUAUAAAAAUAUGUUUUAUGCUUUAUGAAGGGUGUCUUAUUUUAUGAUUGUGGUUAUGUCCCUCAACCAUUCACAGGAAGGUAUGGAGUUCAUAAUGGUUCUCUCUUUGUUGGCCUGUAUUGUAGAUCGUGUGUAUUAUUGAGAACUAAAUUGUAAUAAUGAACUUAUUUGCCUAACCUAUAAUUAAUUAAGGUUCCCGCUUAGACUGUAGACAAUAGGCGUCACAAAUUUGCUGCAUUUUUGCAUUCACUGGCAUCAUAGAUUUUCUCAUUAGGCAGCCACUAUAAUUGAAAUUAACUUGUAUUUUACCGGUUUUAACUUUUGGUAUUAAAGGAGUUAGAAUAACAGUUAAUCAAUAACUAAACCUUAACAAAGUGUGCAUUUGUGUAAGAUUAAGAGUAGUCGUGAACACCUGAACUUACAAGUCUCAUACAUCUUGAGGCUUGUGUUUGAGCUUGUAGAUAAACUAGACCUCUUAAAUUGUUGGAUCUUACAUAGUUAACCAUGGGUUACACAUAAUAUUCAAAUAUUUUUUAAUCAGUUCACUUUUGUACCUUCUGAAUUUUUCAGCAUGCCAUUUCUUUUGCAUAUCGCGGUCAUUAUUACUUUUGAAUGUUGUCACUGGUCCUUGCAUUUUGAUUUGUGGUUUGUGGUGGUAAAUAUAUUGCUUCUGUUGACUGUUGACUAUAAUAUAUAACUUUAACCCAUCUGUUGCAUUUAGGAUUGCUAUUUCUCUCUUUAUUUCAGCUUUUACAGCAGGGUGGAAGUUAGAGCUGCUGGCGCGACAUUGUUAAUAUGCUGAGGAAUCUGUUAUGGGCCACAUCAAAGCACGAUGUAUACCUUAUGCAGAACUUUUCAGUAAUGCAUUGGUCUUCCCUACUCAGGAGAGGCAAAGAAGUAUUGAACGUAUCAAAACCAGUUGUCCCGACUGAGAAACGAGCUGGGUUGUUGGUUCGUCCACUCUCUAGAGUGCAAAUAAGCACUAUGGCUGUGAAGGAAAAUUUAUUGGUUGCUGGGGGAUUCCAAGGUGAACUAAUCUGCAAGCACAUUAAUCAACCUGGAGUUGCUUUCUGCUCAAAAUUAACAACAGAUGACAAUGCCAUCACAAAUGCAGUGGACAUUUUCCAAAACCCUUCUGGCUCAAUGAGGGUAAUGACUGCAAACAAUGAUGCUCAAGUUAGAAUUUUUGAUGUCCAAAAUUUCACUUGCCUCAGUCACUUCUCUUUUGAUUGGUCCGUGAAUAACACCUCUGUCAGUCCAGAUGGUAAGCUGGUUGCAAUACUCGGAGAUAGUGCGGACUGCUUGAUUGCUGAUGCUCAGUCUGGAAAAGCUGUCGGAAGCCUCAAGGGUCAUUUGGACUAUUGCUUUUCCUCAGCAUGGCAUCCGAACGGACAAAUUUUGGCUACCGGGAAUCAAGACACCACUUGCAGGUUAUGGGACAUAAGGAACCUCUCAGAGUCGCUAGCCGUGUUGAAGGGAAGAAUGGGAGCAAUACGGGCCAUAAAGUUCACUUCGGAUGGUCGGUUUAUGGCCAUGGCUGAGCCGGCAGACUUUGUUCACAUCCUUGACACCCAAUCUGGGUACCUCAAGGAACAAGAGAUAGACCUGUUCGGUGAAAUCGCAGGAAUAUCGUUUAGCCCCGACACAGAAGCUCUGUUUGUUGGGGUCGCUGAUCGGACGUAUGGUAGCGUGUUAGAAUUCAACAAGAGGCAUCACAACCGAUAUCUCGAAGCAGUCUUCUAGUACAGUGCCUCCAUGUUCAUGCCCUCAUGUCUGCAUGCAAAUACUCUACAUAUAUAUAUAUAGGUUUUGGCGUUUUGGGUAGCUUAGUCUGUGAAGGUGCUUUCUGAGCAAGCAGAAAUGGAAGAAAAUUAACUUUUUGGUUUUGUAAAGCACAUUUCAGUCUCAAGUGUGUAUUUAUAAACAGCUCUAGUUUGUUCAGUCUUUCGUUCUUAUAAAUUCUGGGGCGACUGAUCUCAAGUGUUAUAUAUUUUUUUGUUUUCGGUUAUAUGAGAGCAAAGCCGAAGAGAAAGAAGCUAUUCGUUUGAUAA